CCGCUCUUUUUCGCAGUCCGCUCUCCGGUCUAACCUCUCCUCAUCGCCGGCGGCCUUCUCGUUACCAACAACAUGGCUGAUGUACCUACUUCUUCUGGUUCCAAACCGGGAAGCGUUAUCAACAAACCUGCGGCGGGUACUACCAACGUGCACAAAAUUAUCCGCGACUUCCAGGCUUCCAAAGCGACUGGCAAGUUUACAUUCAAGGCUGGUCGCUAUGACCGUGCUAUCAACCUAGCCUUUGGCCUUGGUAUGUGUUUCGUUCUUGCCAAUGUGGGCCAUGGCGCUUAUCAAUUGGCAAACGGUGUUGGAAAAAAGGACGGCUUUUAGUGCGCAAAAAGGCAAAGCAGUAAAUGAAGUAAACGUCCGGGGUCGUUUUCCUGA